CUCACCCUUUGUAGCACAAAAAAAAAAAAACAUUGAUUACCUCACCACCUUUUGUCAGCCGAUUUGAACCCUCAUCACAUUCGCUGGGUGGCUCGACGCGCCGUACCCCGGCUUACAGCGAGACAGCUAGCUCCAGACAGCUGCUUCUAAGUGCCCAUCGUUACCCCGCCCUCAUCUUCGGGCCAACCAACAACCAACGCAACACAGUGUCAGCGCGAUGCCAGAUUUCAAACUCUCGGCCCAGCUGAAGGGUCACGAUGCCGAUGUGCGAGCCGUCUGCUUCCCCGCCGCGAAUACCGUUCUCUCGUCGUCCCGCGAUCAAACGGUGCGUCUCUGGCGCAAGACAGCCGACAAACCCCCAACCUUCGAUGCCACCAUAACCAGUCAAGGGCACGGCUACAUCAACUCCCUUACAUUUCUCCGUCCGUCGCCAACCUGGUCCGAGGGUCUCGUGGUUUCAGGUGGCCAUGAGGCAAUCAUUGAAGCGAAACGGCCGGGCUUGACUGCGGGCGACAACGCCGACCGGUUGCUCGUCGGUCAUGGCCACAAUGUGUGCACGCUGGACGUAUCUCCCCGCGGGGCCUAUGUCGUGUCCGGCGGCUGGGACGGGAAAGCGCUAGUUUGGGACACGGAGAAGUGGCAGAUCUCGGCCCAGCUUAUGCACCAGGGCGAGGUCAAGAGUGUCUGGGCAGUUCUGGCCUAUGAUGAACACACCGUCAUCACAGGUAGCGCCGAUACUCAGAUUCGGAUAUUCGACCUUCGCCAAGUCAAUGCCGUUGGCGAGGUGGAGCCACGGCGCACUCUUAGCACCAGCUCUGUUGUGCGCGCGUUGUGCAAGCUGCCCAGUGGUCUCAAGGGCCAUCCGAGCGGAGCGGAGUUCGCAAGCGCCGGCAACGAUGGCAUCAUCCAGCUGUGGAAGAUGAACGGGACGGAAGUCGGAACGCUACGCGGUCACGAUAGCUUCAUUUACUCCCUGGCUUGUCUUCCGACGAGCGAAAUCGUGAGUUCAGGAGAGGACCGGACAGUCCGGAUCUGGAGGGGUUCGGAAUGCAUCCAGACAAUAACGCACCCCGCUAUUUCGGUGUGGUCGGUUGCAGUGUGUCCAGAAAAUGGAGAUUUUGCUUCUGGCGCCAGCGAUAAUGUGGUCCGCGUUUUCACUCGCAAUGCCGACCGCACAGCACCGGCUGAAGCGCUGUCCGAGUUUGAAGAAUCGGUUCGAGCGUCUGCGAUCCCGCAGCAGCAGCUCGGCACUUCGAUCAACAAGGAGCGGUUGAAUCCAAAGUCUUGGCUUCUCAACAACGCCGGCAGAAAUGAUGGGCAGGUAACGACAGUUUUGGAGGAUGAUGGGACCAUUGGGGCUUAUCAGUGGUCGCUCGGUGAGCAACGGUGGGUUCAUGUUGGCACCGUGGUGGACUCGACCGGAAGUAGUGGGCGCAAGGUCCAGUACAACGGCCAAGAAUAUGAUUUUGUGUUCGAUGUCGACAUUGAAGAGGGCAAGCCGCCACUCAAACUGCCCUACAACCUUUCCCAGAAUCCAUACGAGGCGGCAACUAAGUUCCUUGGGGACAACGAACUCCCCAUAUCAUACAUCGAUGAGGUGGCCAAGUUCAUCGUGACCAACACCAAGGGUGCAAUCAUUGGCCAGACCGCCGAAGCUUCCUCAGCCGACCCAUACGGGAGAGAAUCGUGGUAUCAGCCCGACCAAGCAGCGCCGCCGAAGAAAUUCCUGCCGUAUACAGAGUACCUCGCCCUAACCCAAGCCAAGUGGGAGCCGGUCGCAAGGAAGCUCAAGAGCCUCAAUGAGAAACAUAUCUUGGCUGGAAACAAACACAUCGCCAUGAAUCCCGACGGCGUAAGCCGUCUUGAAUCGGUUCUUCAAGCGACUGUGGGCGCAACAAACCAGAAGACUGCAGCCCCUGGGCUCCUCGAGGCUCAGCGUAGCGUCUACAUGCUCGCAACACAAUGGCCGUACGGGGAUCGACUUCCCCCCCUCGACGUCCUCCGCUGUUUUGCGGCGUGGCCCGGUGCCGUAUCUGUCCACGACAGCAAGUACGGCAGCCUGGUGGACAUCGUCUUGCGGGGUGCCCUCGACGUCCAAGAUCCCAUAUCAUCCAACGACCAGCCCGUGGUAGAGCUAAUCAAGAACUUUGACGCCACCAAAAUCAACGUCAACAACAUCAUGAUGGCGCUGCGCGCCGUAACCAACUUGUUCGCCACCGCCGAAGGCCGGUCCCUCGCCGCCUCCGAAGCCGCGGCCAUCACUACCCUCCUGGCCCGCGUCGCGGGCGUCGAAGGCGACCUGGGCCCCAUCGGGCCGGACAACAACAAUCUCCAGAUUGCGCUCACUUCGGCCACGUUCAAUCUCACAUGCCUCGCCUUUAACCAGCGCGAGUCGGUCGACCUUGAGCUGCUGAUGACGCUCUGCCAGGUUGCUGAGGCGGUCAUCCGCCGGCAGAGCGAUCCUGAGGUGCUGUUCCGCGCGCUCAUGUCACUGGGGAUGGUGUUGGCCAUCGGCGGCGACGCAAGGGAUUUGGCCAGGACGCUGGAGGUGGGCGAGCCGGUAGGCGAGGCGGCCAAGAAGAGCGGCGAGGCGAGGAUCAAGGCCCUGGCGCAGGAGUGCUUAGGGUACUUGAGGGGGUGAAUGGGAGGGGAUAGGUGUCUGGUUUAUGUGAGAGAUAGAUGUGGAUGGGAUUUGGUCGGAGGGUUAUAAGCCAUAGGGCCAUCAUGAACUACGAGUCUAAUCGUUCUAAGUGCUUUACUUCCCUGCUUUGACCCUGGGUUGACCACGAAGAGGGGGCAGGGUUAGCCCGACCGGCGCUCGAUGAGCAGGUGAAGAUCAUGAUUAUGACAGGCUGUGCUGUAGACCCACCUUCACUUGGUUUGAAACCCCGGUAUUAGCGCAGUAAAGGGACGAUGGCAACCCU